AUGGAGAUUAAAAGAGUAAAUGGAGCCCGUUUUGGUCUGACCAAGAGAUUGAAUAUUGUCAUAUUACUUGCCAUUGUCUGGUCAAUUGGCAGUAUUUCAGCUGUUCCAUUCAACCGAGGUUAUUCUAAUGAAGGUUUUGCGACCCAUCCCGUGGAAGACAACGACGAUGAUGACGAUGAUGAUGUCUCACCAUUGGAGUAUAGCGGCGGCGAUGUGACUGGUCAAGAUGAUUCAUUUCUUCAAACUUAUCAAGAUGAAGAUGAUUACCAAGAUUAUGAAGAUAUUUUUGAACAUGGCCCCGAUGAUGGAGACCACAAGGAUAGCAUGAUGGAGGUGGAGAAUGAUGAUGAAGACCAGAAACCAGGAGAGCUCAAGAGGUACCUUGACAGAAUUGGAGCCAUUGACAGAGCGAAACGGGCAUUCAAGAGCGGAAGGGAGCGUGUUGCUAGCAUCAAGAGGGCGAUUCCGGAAGGUUAUAGGAAUGUCAAGGGCAAAUUGGCUAGUGGAGCCAGGGGAAAGUAUGGCAAGAGAAUUGGAAAAUAUGUCAAGGACAAGGGUCAACGACUCCGAAGAGGCGUUGGCUCAGUAUAUAACAGACUACGGGAGUAA